UGUAUAACAUUUUUGGUUUUGGGGACGAUCGCAAGGCUCUACAUUCUGGAAUCCGGGAUCUUCAUUACUACAAUAGUCAUUAGCCAAAUCCUUGUAUGCUGAACACUUAGAACCGUGAUAGCACGACGCGACGACGAUAGCGCCCGUGCAUCAGUGAGGAACAAACUGUGGUGCCCUUUCUCCCUUUGGCAUCGCGGGUCGCCUUGUAGGGUUGCCUUGCGCGUUGGCCAUUCCAGCACGUCGUGCGACGGAGUGUGUGAUAAAGUAUCAGCCAAUCUACAACGCCGGUGUUUCGGUACUUCGAUUCUGGCCGGCAGGUGAGUGAAGUAAGUGAGACGGAGUGCACUGGCAACUGAACCCGAACAAUGGCCCGUGCACAGCCCGGAGGCGAGGACUCUCGCUUUGUCCGCCAACGCCCCGUCGUACUCGAUUGCCGAUUUCAGCGCUGCAUCUCUGCUUCACGGCCAUCACCGUGCUCCACUUCAAUUCGUGACGUCUGCAGCCGGGGCUGCCACGCAUAGAGGUUCAACGCCGGACUUCGCUAGCAGGGGAGGCACCGAUGAUGGGCUGCCGGGCAUGCUGACCGAUUCGGAUUUGCCGCCUGCUGUUGAGAGCAAGUUAAGGGCUGUGUGAGGAGAAUGUAUCAUUGCGCCAGGAGCUUGCCAGCCUCACAGCCAAACUGGCGCAGCUACAGAAGUUUGAGCGGGAUCUCGAUUCGAUCCGCGAACAGCACGACAUCUUGCAGCAGUCUACAGAUAAGCAGGAGAGGCUGGAGCAGGCAUUCCGCACCCGGCUGGAGGAUCGCUGCCGUCGACUAGAACAGGUCAACAAACAGCUGAAAGCCAAGCUAGAAGAUGAGCGGCGGCAGACUGACUCGGUUGUGCUGCACGCCCGGGAUGAGAUGAUGGAGGAGCUGAUGCGGCGUGACCGUAUCAUACACACCUUAACUGCACAGUGCACAACUGGCCAGGAGGAAUGUGAUCGGCUUCGACAUGAGAUUGUGGACCUUGGAGAGAAAGGGCAGGUGAUACCGCAACUUGAGACACGAGUGUCUGAGAGUGAUGCACGGCUAAAGCGUGUCAAUGAGGAGUUCACAAGGCAGGUGUCACAGGCAAUUCCCAUCCGAGAGUUUGAAGCUGCCCUGCGGGAGCUGAGAGAGGUUUCCACCAGGCAAGAUGCACUGGAUAUUCAGCAGCGCGAGCGGCUGGAGAGUGAUGUCAACUUGCUACGACUUCAGCUGGAACGCUGCAAGCAGCCCUACUCCCCUGACGGUAUGCCAUCUGAACCUCCGGGUAAUGUAACUCCACAGCAGAUCUGCGACUUUGAGGCACUUCUCUGUCGGCGUGAGUGUCACAUUCAGCAACUCCAAGAGGAUGUGGUGAAGUGGCGGCAGCUGUACUCGGAUGAGUUGAACUUGGUUGCUUCCACGGACACCAACGGCUUGCGCAGUUAUCCGACACGGUCUCAGUCACUGGCCGACGUCACAUCCGACGAGCGCAACUCGUCCGAUCAGCAUCGUCAGCAGCAACAACAGCAGCAGCAGGAACAACAACGACGCCGCGUUGAGAUCGUGAGCGCUGACCUGUUCUCCGCCAAUCGGCGCGUGGUGGAGCUGGAGACGGUCGUCAAGCAGCUGCGCUUCCUCAUGACCGACCUCAGCAAGGAGUUGACGAACGUGCGGCGCCUACGCGAUGAAGAUGAGCGGCAGGUCGGGAGAGACAUCGCCACCGCCGCCACCACCGCUGCGGGAGACCGUGAAAACCGCAACGGAGGUCAUGACGGUGGCGGUGAUGAUGAAAGAGCCGCUUCUCCCGACUCCUCAAGCUCGUUCCCGCUAUCGCCAAUCUCCAAGAAUGGCACGUCGUUUGGUAGCGUUGAACAUCUGUAAGCUCGAACGUUUUCCGGUCUUUUGAUGCCGGAGAAUGUGCUCAGUGCUCUGACUUUGAACAGUCGCUUGUAACGUUACUUGUACGUUAAUAGUUGGGCAACAGAGCAUAUUGCCGGUUUCGUCGCUGUGUUUCUGAUGUCAUGGCACAUGCUGCUGUCACCUAGAACUAUAUCAACUAUUAUAGUGCGCACUGUACAGGAGGUAUUUUUGCAUAUUUAUCAUUUCAGUUGCACGCCAGCGUCUUGAACGGUGCCAUCGUGGAGUCGGGACCGUGCAAGUCCUGGGCCACAUCACCUACUAGUCUGCCCUGGUGUGUGUAUAGGUUGAAUUUCACCUAUUGUCUAUAGGACAACUGU